GAGAGACACCGUAUGGUUUGGCACAACGUGGAGUUCUCUGUUGUAAUAACACCUUGUACGAGGAUAGAGAAGAUGGAGAGGAAUGUUCAGAGAUGGGUUUUCCUUACAACCCGGCUAAAGGGACUAUGUGUUGUUCUCAGUUUCAUGGCAGCCCUGGACAACACUGCUGUGGGACAGAAAUUUACCGUCCUCAUACUGAGAUCUGCUGCAACGGACACAGACAUCCCAAAUCAGAAAACAUUCACUGCUGUGGGGUUAAAGCGUACAACAUUAAAGACCCACAGAUGAAGUGUUGUGCAGGAACGCUGUACAAUCUGACGGUAUUAGAGAAGCAUGGAGGGGGCGGCCAGUGCUGCGGAUCCAUUCUGCAAAAGCCACAGGACAUUUGCUGCUCAAGCGAGGACAAAGAGGUGCUCUACUCUGCCAAGACAGGUUUCAGAUGCUGUGGUCACCUCUACUACAGCACCACCCUGUGGUCGUGCUGUGCUGGGAGGCUGAGAUCAAUCCACAAACCAGGACAGGAUCAGAGAAAGAUGAUUAACGAAUCCAGACUUCUAUCUGUGAAUAUUUUGAAUAAUAAUGAUAUUUGCAAAGAAAUGCACAUCGGGACUGUGGAAAGUGUGUCUCUGCAUAGCAUUGUGUUCAGGAGCGUGCUGAAGAUCUGUGGGGGGACAAUAAUGAAAGCUCUGCCUUUGCCUCACAUCCUGAACACAGAUGAUCCCUGCAGCUCCCCUAAACUGAUUCCUGGGAAGACCUACUUCUUUAACAAAGUUCAUGUUUUCACUGAUUUCAACCACAACUCUGUUCUUCAGUCACUCCAUUUCAUUAUUUCCAAGUGUUCACCUUAA